AUGCUUCUGCUAGGCAUCUCAAUCCUGGCUCUCGCCUGGCGACCUGCUGGCAGCUCCGAGCCAGAGUGGGAGGUGGUCGUUCCAAUCCGACGGGACCCGGACAUCAAUGGCCGCCACUACUACAGGAGGGGUACGGAGGACUCCGGGGAUCAGGGUCUCAUUUUUCAGAUCACAGCUUUCCAGCAGGACUUUUACCUACACCUGACGCCGGAUGCCCAGUUCCUGGCUCCCGCCUUCGCUACUGAGUAUCUAGGUGUCCCCCUCCAGAGGCUCACCGGCAGCUCUCUAGACCUGCGACGGUGCUUCUAUUCCGGGUACGUGAACGCGGAGCCAGACUCCUUUGCUGCUGUGAGCUUGUGCGGGGGUCUCCGCGGAGCCUUCGGCUACCGAGGCGCGGAGUAUGUUAUUAGCCCUCUGCCCAACGCCAGCGCGCCGGCGGCGCAGCGUCACAGCCAGGGCGCACACCUUCUCCAGCGCCGGGGUGCUCCGGUAGGGCCUUCCGGAGACCCCACCUCUCGCUGCGGGGUGGCCUCGGGCUGGAACCCCGCCAUUCUGAGGGCCCUGGACCCUUACAAGCCACGGCGGACGGGCGUGGGGGAGAUUCACAACCGGCUCAGGUCGGGGCGCGCCAAGCGUUUCGUGUCUAUCCCACGGUACGUGGAGACACUGGUGGUGGCAGACGAGUCAAUGGUCAAGUUUCACGGCGCGGACUUGGAACAUUAUCUGCUGACGCUGCUGGCCACGGCGGCGCGACUCUAUCGCCACCCCAGCAUCCUCAACCCCAUCAACAUUGUUGUGGUCAAGGUGUUACUCCUAGGAGACCGUGACACCGGGCCCAAGGUCACAGGCAACGCAGCCCUGACUCUACGCAACUUCUGUGCCUGGCAGAAAAAACUGAACAAAGUGAGCGACAAGCACCCUGAGUACUGGGACACAGCUAUCCUCUUUACCAGACAGGACCUAUGCGGGGCUACCACCUGUGACACCUUGGGCAUGGCUGAUGUGGGGACCAUGUGUGAUCCCAAGAGAAGCUGCUCUGUCAUCGAGGACGAUGGGCUUCCCUCAGCCUUCACCACUGCCCAUGAGCUGGGCCAUGUGUUCAACAUGCCUCAUGACAACGUGAAGGUGUGCGAGGAGGUGUUCGGGAAGCUCAGAGCCAACCACAUGAUGUCUCCAACGCUCAUCCAAAUCGAUCGCGCCAACCCCUGGUCAGCCUGCAGUGCUGCCAUCAUCACUGACUUCCUGGACAGUGGGCAUGGCGACUGCCUCCUGGACCAGCCCAGCAAGCCCAUCUCCCUGCCUGAGGACCUGCCAGGCACAAGCUACAGUUUGAGCCAGCAGUGCGAGCUGGCCUUUGGCGUGGGCUCUAAACCCUGUCCAUAUAUGCAGUACUGUACAAAGUUGUGGUGCACUGGCAAGGCCAAGGGGCAGAUGGUGUGCCAGACCCGCCACUUCCCCUGGGCAGACGGCACCAGCUGUGGUGAGGGAAAGUUCUGCCUCAAGGGGGCCUGCGUGGAGCGACACAACCCAAACAAGUACCGGGUGGACGGCUCUUGGGCCAAGUGGGAGCCUUAUGGCCCCUGCUCUCGCACCUGUGGUGGGGGCGUGCAGCUGGCCCGGAGGCAGUGCAGCGACCCUGCCCCUGCCAACGGCGGAAAGUACUGCGAGGGAGUGAGAGUGAAAUAUCGAUCUUGCAACCUGGAGCCCUGCCCCAGCUCAGCCUCUGGCAAGAGCUUCCGGGAGGAGCAAUGUGAAGCUUUCAACGGCUACAAUCAUAGCACCAACCGGCUCACCUUAGCUGUCGCGUGGGUACCCAAGUACUCGGGCGUGUCACCACGUGACAAAUGCAAGCUCAUCUGUCGAGCCAAUGGCACUGGCUACUUCUACGUGUUAGCGCCUAAGGUGGUGGACGGCACACUGUGUACGCCCGACUCCACCUCAGUCUGUGUCCAAGGCAAGUGCAUCAAGGCUGGCUGCGACGGGAACCUGGGCUCCAAGAAGAAGUUUGACAAAUGCGGGGUGUGUGGUGGAGACAACAAGAGCUGCAAGAGGGUCACGGGACUUUUCACCAAGCCUAUGCAUGGCUACAAUUUUGUAGUGGCCAUCCCUGCAGGUGCCUCCAGCAUUGACAUCCGCCAGCGUGGCUACAAGGGGCUCAUCGGGGAUGACAACUACCUGGCCCUGAAGAAUAGCCAAGGCAAAUACCUGCUCAAUGGACACUUCGUGGUGUCUGCUGUAGAACGGGACUUGGUGGUAAAGGGCAGCCUGUUGCGGUACAGUGGUACCGGCACCGCGGUAGAGAGCCUACAGGCUUCUCGACCCAUCCUGGAGCCGCUGACUGUGGAGGUCCUGUCCGUGGGGAAGAUGACACCACCCCGGGUACGCUACUCCUUCUAUCUGCCCAAAGAGCCUCGGGAGGACAAGUCCCCUCGCCCCAAGGACCCUCGGAGUUCCCCAGUGCUGCGCAACAGUGUUCUAAGCCUUUCCAACCAAGUAGAGCAGCCGGACAACAGGCCUCCUGCACGCUGGGUGGCAGGCAGCUGGGGGCCUUGCUCGGUGAGCUGUGGCAGUGGCCUACAGAAGCGAGCAGUGGACUGUCGGGGCUCUCCAGGGCAGCGAGGAGCCUCUGCUUGCGACGCAGCCCAUCGACCAGUGGAGAAACGAGCCUGUGGGGAACCCUGCCCAACCUGGGAGCUCGGCAACUGGUCGCCCUGUUCUAAGAGCUGUGGCCGUGGAUUUAAGAGGCGUCCGCUCAAGUGCAUGGGCCACGGAGGCAGGCUAUUGGCUCGGGAUCAGUGUGACCUGCGCCGUAAGCCCCAAGAAUUGGACUUCUGUGUCUUGAGACCCUGCUGA